UGUGAUUACCUGGCUGUUAAUAUUAUAGAGCACAUAUUGGAAGCUUUAGCCGCACGUUCCCCAGUGUACACGAAAGGCCAACCAUGGAGGCAACGCUCGACUUGCGACUGGACCCGUUGGAUAGGCUGAACGCCGGGAAACGAGAGUUCGGGGAGUUUGGAGGCGUCAACGCCAGCGUGGAAAUCUCCACGACAUUCACAGUGCUGGACGCAAACACGCUCGAGGCCAUAUUUGCAGGAGCACCCGAUAAAGGCGGCUGCUACGUGUACGGCCGCGCCUUCAAUCCCACCGUACGGCACCUGGGCCGACUGCUGGCGGCACUGGAGGGCUGCGAGGCGGGAUACCCCUGCAGCAGCGGCAUGGCUGCCAUCAGCUGCACGCUGCUGUCGCUGUGCAACAGUGGGGACCACAUCAUCGCCAGCAACACCAUAUACGGCGGCACUCACGCGCUGCUCAAGACGUUCCUGCCGCAGAAGGCCAACAUCCACACCACCUUUGUGGACAUUACAAACCUGGAGGAGGUGGAGGCGGCGGUACGGGCCGCGCCGCCGGGCCGCGUCAAGGUCAUCUACACCGAGGCUGUGUCCAACCCCACACUGCGAGUGGCGGACCUGGGGGCACUCGCCGCCAUUGCGCACGGCCCCCUGUGCCGCGGCGCCGCCACUGCCGCCGGCACCGGCACCAGCGCCGAAGCCACCGCGGCCGCCUCCACUGGCGGCGGCACGGGCGGCGCUGCAAGCUCAGGAGGCAGCGGCGGUGGUGCGGCUCUGGUGGUGGACAACACGUUCACGCCCUUUGUGAUCACGCCCAGGAAGUGGGGGGCGGAUGUGGUGGUGCACAGCCUGACCAAGUUUGUGAGCGGCGCCAGCGACAUCAUCGGCGGCGCGGUGUGCGGCCCCGCCGCCUUCAUCCGCGGCCUGAUGGACUUCCACGCCGGGCCCUGCAUGCUGCUGGGGCCCACCAUGGACCCGCGGGUCGCUAGCGAGCUGGCACUGCGGCUGCCGCACCUGGCGCUGAGGAUGCAGGAGCACGGCCGCCGCGCCGCCGCCUUCGCCGCCCGGCUCCACGCCCUGGGCGCGCCCGUCACCUACCCGGGCCUGCCCUCCCACCCGCAGCACGCGCUGCUAGUGCGACAAGCCAACGCCGGCUACGGGCUGGGCGGACUGCUGGGGCUGGACCUGGGCUGCCCCGCGCGGGCCAAUGCGUUCAUGGAGCGGCUUCAGAACAAACACGGCUUCGGCUUCAUGGCUGUGAGCCUCGGAUACUUUGACACGCUCAUGUCUCUGUCUGCCGCCUCCACCUCCUCGGAGCUCAGCGACAAGGACAUGGACGCCAGCGGCAUUGGGCGCGGCUACGUGCGCAUGAGCGUGGGCAUCACAGGCAGCCUGGAGGAGCGGUGGCGGCAGUUGGAGGAGUCGUACAACUUCGUACGGGCACUGGGGCCAGCCGCCACCGCGCCCUUCCGAGCCGUCAAACUGCGCCGCCGCGCCUCCGGCGGAGUGGAGCAGCUCAUCUCGUGGCCGUCACUGGGAUCCUUCGGCGCCGCCGGCGGCGCCGCCGAUGACGUGGCGGCUGGCGGCGGCGGCACGGCGGCGGCGGCGCGGGCGGCGGCAGCCGCGGUUGCGGCGGCGGCGGCGGUCGUGCCUCACAGCAGUGGCGGCGGCGGCGGUGGCGGCGGCGUGAUGAGUGCGGCGGCGUUCAAUGCGGCGCUGGAGGAGGUGUUGGCGGAGGCGGCGGGCCGGGCGGCGGAGGUGGCGGAGGAGGCGGCGGCGGCGGGCAUUGUUGAAGAGGAGGAUGAGGGGGAGGUGUCGUCAGCAACACUGGGUGGCAGCGCCGCCGCCACGGCCGCUCCCAAGGCCGCUACCAACAACGCCGUGCAGCCUACAGCGGCAAAGGGGCCGGCAGCAUUGUCGGCCUUUGGCGCGGCGGCCGCACAGGCGCCGGCGUCUGUUGUGGCGGCGGCGGCGGCGGCGGCGCCGUCAGUGUCGGUAUCCGACGGCGGCAGUGCGGGCGCGUCGCCGUCUGUCACGCCCUCGCCCUCGCCGUCGGCGGUGGCGGCAGCGGCGGUGGCGGCGGCGGCGGCCGCCGCCAAGGGCUGCCCGUCGCCCGCCGCCACGCGACCCAUCAAGAUCCGCCGGGUGGGCUCCACUGAGAUCCACUACGUCCCUCUGUACGGCUAAGGAAGGAGUAGCAAAUGCGUCUGAUGAUCUACGGUACGGCCAGCGCGCGCAGCGGUACUGGCGCCGCGUGAUGACACGGUACGGCAGGCUAGCUAGCUACCCAGCCAUGUAUGUCUGCAAAGCGGUGGCUUGUCGCUUUGCGUGUGAUUCUUCGGUGGAUUGUGCUCCACGUACUGUUACUUUGCGCCAAAUGUACCAAUAAGAGCAUUGAGCUCUCGCUGGCGCACAGCUAGAUAGGAGUCUCCUGGCAUGGCGCCUUGGGAAGUACGGCCAAGAAGGGCGUGGUGUUCAAGGAUGCAAUUCCAGUGUAUCUGUGUUGUUUUGCCUGUUUCAUGGCCAUUGGCCGUUGUACUCUAUCCGCUGCUGUACCAUAUGCGUCCGGCGCAUAGUGCAGAAGUACUUCGGCGCACGUACGUGCGAAAGUAUAAUACAAAGCCUGAGAGACAUUGGCAAGGGUCCCCAUUCGUACCAUGCGUUAAAUUUGACUAUUGACUGCAUAAAAUGUCUAGGGAAAUGAAGAGUGGAGUCGGGGAGCGACGGGUCACGCCGUGCACGCCGUGGAUAGGGCGCUGAUGGGGUCGUCAGGUCCCCAACGGCAGGGCCACAGUAGAGAGAUGCGCACACAUAUGAUGCAUAGCGAUGCAGCAUCAACGUAUGUAACAGGAUGAGUGUAUACGGUAGCAAGAGUCACGAGAUGUGAUUUGGCAAUGUGUGAUGGUGCGGGCUAGAUGACAGCACGGAAGGGUUCGGUCAUGUGUGAUGGUGAAUGGUCUGUGCAUGACAGCACGAAAUCAAGGGCGUGUGUGAUCGACGGGUGCGUGGCAAUGCUGCGUGCAUGCAGACGCAUUUAUUGCGUGAUGCGGUCGCUUUGUGUGAUACGGCAUCAAACGGCAUACAUGCAGUGAGCUCCCACCUCCCCUGCAACAGCGAGCGCCUUGCUUGCUAGGGUCAGGCGUGUCCCGUCCACAUGCAAUCAUGCAUGUGCACUUGUGUAAACUCCGGGUCCG